CAGCAGCAGUCGCAGCCGCUCCUCUGGAGAAGCGAUCGGGAUUCCAAUUCGGUGGUGUCAACCUUGCUGGAUGUGACUUUGGCAUGACCACUUAUGGCUACAGUGGCGUCACGUGGUGUCCGACCACCUCGCAGAUCUCCCACUUUACCAACCAGGGUGCCAACCUGAUCCGUCUUCCUGUCGGCUGGCAGUACCUCGUGGGCAGCAAUGUCGCCUCAACUUCGUUGGACCAAACCUACCUGGCGACAUAUGACGCCCUCGUUCAGGGUGUUCUCAACACGGGAGCGUACGCCAUCAUCGACAUCCACAACUAUGCGCGUUGGAACGGCGGUGUUGUCGGUACUGAUGUCUCGGGCCAGUACUUUGCCAACCUCUGGUCUCUCCUUGCUGCCAAAUACAAAACAACUCGAGGGUGA